AUUUUACAUGAAGAGAACUAUGCCACCAAGCCUUGCUCCAAUAUGGCGGCAGUUGGUGGAAGGAGUUUGGUUGGGCGUCUGGCAUUAGUUACAGGUAAGCUUUUGUUUUGUGAUGCUAAUAAGGUCUCUCUUAGGAUUAAUAAAUGGAGAGAAAGAUUUUUAAGGUCUCCUUCAUCCUUUUUUCUUCACAGAGGCAAUUUUUAGGGCCUGCACUCACAUAGGGCUAUUGCAUUUUAAUAACAUCCAUACCCUAGCCUUCUGUUGAGGCCUGCAGAAUUAAAUAACAAUGCAUUCACCCCUGAAAACUUCCAUAAAUUAUCGGUCUACCCCUGAAGAAUUUCAUGUAAAUGCGAUUUUUUCUAUAAAAGUUGCUUGAAUUAAUAGUUCACCAACAACAUCAACAACAACAUUUUUAUUUCCACUGUAGACAACUAAAAGAAUAUACAAGAAAUAUAAUUAUUAAUUUAGACAUAACCAAACUUCUGGUUAAGUACAUCUGUGAAACAGCACAGAAAAUUCUUGUUCUGAGCCACUUGGGUACCAGAAUUUGAGUAUGCACCGUUAUUGCGAAGGGUGUAAUUUGCAGGUUGCAGGUCAGGGUUCAAAAAGGUUUAUGGCUGACGUUUCGCUACCUCCCCUAAAACAGGACAUUACAUUGAUGUUUUGGUGAUUUCAUACAUGUAGGUGUCUUCACUGGGUCACACGCAUGCGCAAAACCUGAAAUAUCAGAUCUCAGUUCUUUAAAUUGAUUCCCAGACCUUUCGAGACAAGAAGGAAGGUUCUAAAAUUUUUUGGAGGGGAUUAGAUUUCACCACCCUCUUUAUCAGAAUUCUAAAUUCAAGUGCAGCCAGAACUCGUUAUCAUAUUCAGGGCUGUCACUAAGACGUGGGGGCCGGGGAUUUUCCCCGGCUAGUAUGAACGCGGCUCCCGGCUACUUUUAAAGGAAAACGGAAGAAAAAUAGAAAGAAAAGAAAUCCCUAGCUGUUUGAUUCCCCGCCUACUUUUUGUAUUUGCCUGGCAACUAGAAAUCUUAGUGACAACCCUUUUUGUUUUGUCUCGUCACUUCACAAAAAAGAAAAUAUGAAUGGUAAAAAACUGGAUGUUGAAAUUUCUGGUGGUUAAUGAUCUACUUUCCUCAUGCUGGCUAUCCAUGGCAUGGACCCAACAUGGAUUUUUUUUAAUGGUAUGUGAACUGGCCUUGUUUGUUUCUUUUUCCUAUUAAACUGAUAUGACACUUUAUUUUUUGUAUAAUUGAGUUGCACAGAUAAAUAUGUGACACCAUGGCUGUAUGAUUUCCUAGUUAGGUAUGGCAGUAGCGAUAGUGAUGGGGAACUGGUCUUUUCUGGGAGAAGAUGCUAUUUUCAUAGACCUCUUAUGAAUCAUUUCCAGUAACCAAUCGUCACAGUGUCACGCGUAUGUUAUUGCAGAUUUUGUGUCAAAUUACAUCACUGGCCCAUCAGUGAAUGUAUGCAUUGCUCUCUUGGGAUACCUUCUUUUUGUUUUGUCUUUUUAAAAGCGUGGCACAUCCAGUGUGACCUUGUGUCAUUAUAACCAAUUCUGACCUGCAAUCUGCAACCUGCAACCCUAACCUGCUGCCUGCAACCCGCAAAUUACACCCUCCGCCAUUAUUGGCCUGCUAAAAUAGCCAUUGUCAGUUUGCCAAUCAGAUUAAAAGGAAAUUUGAAACGAAUUUCCGGUAAUUUGUUGAAUCUGUUAGAGGCCGGGAACAAGACUGUCCAGGUUUAGAUUAUGUCUGCAAUGCAGGCUUAAUGUUUUUCAAAUCAAAAAAUUAUUAAUGAUGCAUUUGUGUCUGAAGGUGGUGCUAGUGGAAUUGGUCGGGCUGUCUGUCAAGCUUUAGCCACAGAAGGAGCCGGCAUCAUUGUAACAGAUCUAAACAGUCAAGGGACUCAGGAAACACUAGACAGCUUAUCACAACAUGCCAGCUUAAAACACAAAAACUAUUCUUUAGACGUGUCAAGUGGAGAGGAAAUACAUAAGGUGUUAGAGUAUAUUAUAAGCGGGUAUAAGAGGCCGCCGUGCAUUUUAGUCAAUUGUGCUGGCAUCACUAGUGAUGAAUUCUUACUGAAAAUGGAUGAGGAAAAGUUUGAUAAAGUCAUUAAAGUCAAUCUCAAGGUGAGUGGCUUUUGACCAUCCAUGCAAAUGGCAUUAAAAAAAUUAACAUUUACUCUUCAAUCAUUUUGUUAAAGACUCAGGCCUAUUUGAUUUCAGUCAAUGUGCAGAACUGCUGGCUUAUAUAUCUUAGAUAUAAGCAUACUUCUUUAGCACAAGAAAGCUAAUAACUAAACUGGAAUGAUGCAAAGAAAAGCACAAGAACAAGCAAGAAAAACAUGCUGCUAUGUUGGAUUCAUCUUUUUUUUUUCAGUUCUUUAGUGCCAACAUUAAUAACUACCAAAACAUUUAAGUGUGUUUAUGCAUAUGCUUGCAUCAUACUCUUUUUAUGCUAUAUACAGGGCUUCUGAUAUUUCGCGGAAAAAAAAGCAAGAUUUCGCGGGAUUUUCAGGGGCAAAUUCGCGGAAAAAUCGGCCGAUUUCGCGGGAUUUUCGCGGGGAAAAAGUCAAAAUUCGCGGAACAAUUGGCUGAUUUCGCGGGAUUUUAGCGGAAAUACCUGAAUUUCGCGGCUCCGCGACCGCGCGAAAUAUCAGAAGCCCUGUAUAUAAACCAAGAUCUCUUUUAAUAACAUCAGUCAUUAAAAUUCUGGGGAUUCCUUGCUAUUAUAUAGGUUAAAAAUGGAUCAGAAACAGGUGAAAAAUAAUGUAGAUAAGAAAGAAUGACGUUGCAGUGUCAUCUUGACACCAGUUUCAAUAUUUAUGGUUGACAAACUUAAAGUGAUGACAAAUCUAACGUCAAGCAGACUGUAAAAAUAGAAUAAUAUUUGGUUCCUGUAAUAUUUUUUUAAAAAACUGACUUCUCGUGUUGUUUACAUGGCUGAUCUGCCUCUCUUUCCAGGGGACAUUUUUGAUGACUCAAGCUGUUGCAAAAGUUAUGGUUGAUCAAGGUGUUAAAAAUGGUUCUAUUGUGAAUUUGGCGAGUAUAGUAGGCAAGGUGAGAAAAAUUUAUAUGGUGUGCUGUGCAGUAGAACCAAUUGCCUGAAAGUCAAUGGGGAGUUUUAGCAUCAACAAAGGUAACGGCAACAAGAACGUCAAAACAGCAAGGAUUAUUAAGCAAAACAACAAGUUUGCAUGUGCAUCGCGCUUUUUUGUACAUUUCUUUGCUGUUGCUGCAUGACUGCGAUGGAAAAUGCCUAAUUUCACGUUUUAUCAAGGAUAUAACAAGUGACGAGGAAAGUUUCUUUCUCUUUCUAAGCUUGAGUGUGGUCCCCAAGAAAUCAACUCUAAGGAAAGUUUGCCUACAUUAGACAUUUUCAGUGAAUUGGAAUAAACGUGAUAAAGUUUGAAAAACGCUAAUUCAUUUUAAAAGUGACGUUUUCACUGCCGUAGCCGUCAUCAUUGCUAAAACUCCCUAUUUAACAGUUUCAUUCAGGCUACGUUCACACAGUACCGCUUGAAUUUUCAAUGACAGUUGAAAAAUUUGACCGGACACUUUGCUCACACAAAACCGUUCAAUAUUUUUGCACUGUUCACACAGAACUGUCAAACCGUAAUAUUUCCAAGCAAAGCCAUUAAUAACACAACUCAUAAAUCCAUGUUUGCAAUAUGUAUUUGUCACAGGAUGGAAAGACAGUGACUUUACAGCUAUGUGGAUUAACAGCUUUUUCUAGUAAAAAUUUACCGCAAUCUCUCCCAAUGAUCAACAUAAUGAUUCUUACAACUGCUGAAGUAGACUUCAGUUCUGUCUUAUGGAUAUUUUCCAUAUGAUCAUUGCCAUAUUGCUAAGUUCAGACUGCUGGCCUUUUUUCUGCAACCAUAACAAAAAAAAGCUGCAUGGAGUACUAAUCAACUACAAUAAUCCAGGUAAGUGGGCAAAAUGCUGUCAUGCAAGGUGACUUUUGAGCAAAAUGACCACAAUUCCACCAUGAGUAACCCAAAACUCCAGUCCUCAACUUAUCCUACAACUGCAUCAAUAUGAUCAUGUCUUUGAAAACAUUCUUCCUUUACAAUACCAGGUUGGAAAUCUUGGUCAGGUUAAUUAUGCUGCUUCUAAAGCUGGUGUCGAGGGACUCACUAGGUCAUGUGCCAAAGAACUUGCUAAGUAUGUGUCUCACAGUUCAUAUUGAUUUUGGGUGGGUAGCAGGAAAGUUGCAGAAAGGAGAGUAUUUGAAUGUUUUGCUUUCUACACUGUACCAGCCUGUAGUACCCUAAGAAUAAUCAUUUACUGGAUGACAAGAGUUACAUUGAUUUUGGCAAGAAUGGUUUUUAAGGUUGCAGUUUGGGUUCCCAGGUUCAUUGGGUCUUCUAAGUAUUUUCUUCUUUGGAGUGUGGAUGUAUUCCCCUAACUAGCCAUGAAGAUUAAUCUAGCUUGACCAGAAUGUGAAUUCCACAAUAAGUCAGUGGCAUAAAUUAAUAGUUUGCUGUGAAAUUCAGGGAACCAUGAACACCUGAAAUUCUUUCUGGACUGUUUUUGUGUUGCAAGGAAAACCCAAUCAGGCAUGAGAAAACUUUAGCUACAAGUAGAAACAGUAAUUAGUGUGUGAUUUUGUGGCCUGUUUGCAUCUCCUGAUCAUUAUUGUGAUUGGUUACAGUACAAUAAACGUUCCUGCAAUAUUUCAAGUGUUCACUGUUCUCUGGGUUGGACAGUAAGUGUAACUUAGGUGUGUUAAAGACAAAAUAAUACUAUUUUUGUUUUCAAUGAAGUUCUGUUAUCAACUGAUGUAAUUUUAACAAAUUGCUAACAGGUUACAUUGCUUUUGCUUUGUGUGUGUCUCAGGUUUGGUGUUAGAUGUAAUGCUGUUCUACCUGGUUUCAUUGAAACUCCGAUGACUGAGGCUGUCCCUGAAAAAGUCAUAGAAAAGGUGUGUGACCAUUGGUUUAGUUUUAACAUUUUCACUCCCAAAAGUGGUCAUAUUUAAAAUUCAACAAAAUUUCCAAGUUUUAAUUUGUGUAAUGUUGAAAUAUAAACUGGGGCACCCAUCGAGAAUAUAGUUCAAAACCACUUAAACAUAGGAUUGUUUAAUGUAUUUUAGUAUUUAAACGGUAGAUGUUGGCAUAUUUUUAUCCCCAACAAAUUUUUCAUCUGUUCGGAUUUCCUAGCUGAAAGUCUAGUGAUCCGAAAAUUAUAGGGAUGAAAACUUACCUUUUCGAAAAUUUGAGCCAGAAAAAAGGCUCCCGAAAAUUCUAGGUGACCUUUUUAGGGUAAAAAUCCGUUGAAAAUGGGCAAUUAUACCAUUUUUUAGAUGUUCGAAAAUCCUAGGAGAGGCAGGCAAGCAAGAAAUUUUACAACAAAUGUUCCGAAAAUUCUAAAUCUCAAAUCGUGUUCCGAACAGAUAUUUUCCGAAAAUUGACGUUGGGUGCCCCUGUAUAAAGCAAUAGUAUCACAUGAAAUUACUGCCAAAGAGGUUUCUUUUGACUGGUCACACCAUAGAAUUUCGUCCAAAGAAUCAAAAAAUAGAACUACAUACUAAAUACAUUGUAAACAGUACCAUGUGAAAGUACUGCUAAAGAGGUUUCAUUUGAAUGGUAACACCAUAGGAUUUCGUUCACAAAAACAAAAAAGUUAGAACUACAUACUAAAUAAACAGUAUCAUGUGAAAGUACUGCUGAAGAGGUUUCAUUUGAAUGGUAACACCAUAGUAUUUCAUCCGCAGACUCAAAAGUUAGAACUACAUACUAAAUAAAUAGUACCAUGUGAAAGUACUGCUGAAGAGGUUUCAUUUGAAGGGUAACACCAUAGUAUUUCAUCCGCAGACUCAAAAGUUAGAACUACAUACUAAAUAAAUAGUACCAUGUGAAAGUACUGCUAAAGAGGUUUCAUUUGAAUGGUAACACCAUAGGAUUUCGUUCACAAACUCAAAAGUUAGAACUACAUACUAAAUAAACAGUACCACGUGAAAGUACUGCCGAAGAGGUUUCAUUUGAAUGGUAACACCAUAGGAUUUGGUCCAAAGAAUCAAAAGUUAGAAUUACAUACUAAAUAAAUAGUACCAUUGAAAACACCGUAGGAUUUCCUUCACAAACUCAAAAGUCAGAACUACAUACUAAGUAAAAAGAACAAUGUGAAAGUACUGCUUAAGAGGUUUCAUUUGAAUGGUAACACCAUAGGAUUUCAUUCACAAACUCGAAAGUGAGAAACACCUUACAAGAUUUCAUUGGUCAUUCUGGUUGAAUCGGUUCAUUCCCAUGAGUUUCUAGUGACAAAAGCAGUUAACUAAAAAUUUUGAUUUAACAAAAUGAUUCCUAAAUAUAUUCUAUUUCAUUUUUCUAGUUAAAGAAACAGAUUCCAAUGUUCAGACUUGGCCAACCAUCAGGUUAGAACAGUGAACCUUUGAUUAAUUUGAAGAGUUUGUGAUGUGUGAGUUUCUUUGUUUCCAUAUGUUUUACUUUACAGACCAUAAAAGGCCAUUCACAAAUGAACUUGGUGCACUGGUAUAGGAUGGCUUAUCAUCUGUCCUUGUAGUACUGAAAUGACACUUGAGCCUCUCAUCUUGUUUGAUAACUUUCUGUCAACGACAGUUUUAGUUACCACUAAAUUCAACCCAGGGCACCUCUGUAAAUUUUGAUGGUACACUCAGGUCUUUGCUGCCUGUGCCACAGACGAAACUAAACUGUUGUUAAGUCCGUCUGCGAAACAGCGCCAAAAUUCUUGUUCUGUGUAGGAUUUGAGUACGCGUUCUUCUUGCGUUCUACCUUUUCCCUCUGUUACUUCAGAGUGAGAUACAGAUGAUAUGCUUUCAUAAACGUUGACGAAACAGUUCAAAAAGGACUUAACUUCGUCUUUUUUCUAUUUCUUUUGCUUUUGUUGGUGAUGAAUUUCUUAGACGUAGCUGAUGUGGUAACCUUCCUUGCAUCUGACAGAAGCAGUUAUAUCACGGGCGCAAGCAUUGAAGUUACAGGUACGGUUUAUAUGUCAAUAGAGAUGUUGUAG